GCCCUCGUGAUGUAUCUUACCAUUUAUAUAAAAAAAUCUUGCCCAUCUCAUACUCAAAAAAACAUUACAUUUAAUAUCACUAUGGACCUAAGAUUUUUUUCAUUUCUAUCUAAGCUCUGUAAAUCAAUCAUCUAUAUAUAUACAUGUACUUCACCAUUGUACUUCUCAUCACAAAACCAUCUCUAUCUCUCUUUUAUUCAUCAUUCAUAUUCGAAACCUCUCAUUCUAUACUCAAAAUGAAGAACAAGUUCAUAAAAUCAUGCGAAAACAAAUUCAGAAUCAUGAAGAGCAAAUCCAUAGUUCUACCUUGUUGUACAUCUUCAUGCGAGAGUUGCUGCGACAAGGUUUCUUGGGGAUUCAAGAAGGAAAAUGAAGCAAUACCUAAAGAUGUUCCGAGAGGACAUUUGGUAGUGUAUGUUGGUGAUGAUUACAAGAGGUUUGUGAUAAAGAUGAGUUUGCUUACUCAUCCAAUCUUUAAAGCAUUGCUUGAUCAAGCGCAAGAUGCUUAUAAUUCAUCAAGACUAUGGAUUCCAUGUGAUGAGAACACUUUUCUCGAUGUUGUUCGUUGCAGUGGCGCUCCUCAGCAUCAGAGAAACUGCAUUGGCAUGUAAUGUUAAGAAGGGAGGGAUUCAAAAGACAUAUUCAUUUGGUUUUGAUUCAUCAUCCGGUUCUAUGUUUCUAGAGAGAAUUAAUGUUGAGGAUUGAUUUAGAUAAUCUUGUACACUAAUUAAGUAAGAGUUUUCGUAAUAUAAGUAAUCAUCUAUCGUAUUAUAUAAGUGAGUGUUCACUAAACAUGUUACAUUUUCAAAUGUUUCCAAAUAAACUGAAACAUUAAGACUAUGACAAAUAUCUGAAGACAAAUAGCAAAACUUCCAACAUUAUCUGAUCAUGCUUCUG